GAAGACUAAGUUCACUGAGAAGAGGAAAGAGUCAAAUUUUCCUGAGAGAAGAAGUCGGGAGGAAGUUUCUAAAAUAGUGAGAAGAAAACGUACAUUACAGGAGGGUGGAGUGAACAAAUGUGUGUAGCAUACUGGAUAAGUUGUGAGACGGGGGAUGGGGCUCCUAGGAUGUGACUCAAGACUCCCUGUCAAAAUCAGCCGGGAGGGGACCUGAUGAGAAACGGGUUUGAACGGAGGAGAGCAGGGGUGGAGUGGGGGAAAGAAAACCCAGCCCCUAUUACACCACCCUGACUCUUUGGCAUUCAGCGUCAGCAAAAACCCUAAUGUGAUCAAGAUGGAAGUUGUGGACUUUUUACUGUUCCCCGGCUGUCUGCCUGUCUUUGGAGGCUCCACUGCCUUUCCGGCAGUUUUACAGCGAAGAUACUGACUGGAGUCCAGAAAAUGGCUUGCAGAAACCUAAACUAAGGACUGCUUACAAAAUAAGCCGUAUGUCAUGUCACUUGGGAAGAGGUGGAUUCAGAUUACCCAAACGUGCACGGAUAGUUUUUGGUGGAUGAAUGAAAAGGCAACUUGCAAAACAUCUCUGGAUACGUGUACUCAAAGCAAAUACUGGAUCUGCAACCUAAUUUUUGGAUUAUUACAUGAUGUUUAAUGACAAAAUAUACAGCUACUGGAUUAAUAAUAGAAACUGGAAAUAUUACUAGAAGUAAUCAUUUUUACUCCAGCAUGAGAUAUUUGAAAAACGCCUUUGGUUCGAGGAUAAGUUAAAGGAGCAACUGCUUUAAGGCUAUUUUUCUAACUUUACUUAACUAAUAAUCAGGUGCAGGUUCAUGCCAGAGGGUGCACAUGGCAGUCGGUCCCAUCCAGCUCCACUUCUGAGGAUACAAAAGUUGCAGCAGAUGUGGGAUAGCAUUGGCUGUCCACCAUGCCCGUAGCCAUACGAAAAAGAAGUUGGGAGGAGCAUGUGACUCACCCUUCAGGAUUACGGUACAGCUAUGAUGAUCUUGAUCUUGUUUGUUGCCAUGGGGUUGACAGUGAAUGGCCUUGGACGGGAACUGGGGCUUCCAAAUCAAGUCGACGGACAAGGUGUGCCUCAAUGCCAGAGGGCUGCCAUCAAUUACCCACAGAGAACUUGGCUCAGACACUUCAAGUGAAAGGUUUUUUGGGGAAUGAUGAUACUGAUGCAGAACAUUUGAAGCUAAUGGAAGACAAUGAAAAAGUUCCACUGGAUUUGCAGGAGGAGUCAGUUCAUAGUCCCAGUGUGCCGGGGAAUACUGACAUUUCUCAAAGGGUCUCUGAAUCAGAGCAUCUCCAAACCGCAAUUAUGGAGAAUUGUGGAGAGUUUCACUGUGACUCAAACAGUGGGAUGUCCAGUGCAAAUAUUUCCUGUGCAACUGAUAGCAGCAGUCACAGUGAGAAAACUAUCAGUGGUGAAGGUAAAGUUGGCACAGAGAGUAGAUGCAGUCACGACAUCUGCAAUAACAGUAAUAUCUUUAAAAAUCCACAUAUGUCUCGUGAAGAGCAACAAUGCAUCUCUAUUUCUUCAAACAAUGGGCUUCUACUGUCUGAAUCUGCUGGUGAACAGCCUGGCAAGCUUCCAGAUCAUCAGGAAACAAAGGAGAGCCAUACAGAGAGUUACAGCAGACCUCCUGAAAUCUCUGAGGCCACAGUAAACCGCUCCUCUGCUGCUGAACAGGAACCUCAAACUGACCUCCCAGAUAAAGAAUUAAAGACUUCCGUGUCUGACCAUACCGGUGCAUGUGUAACCUUACCUGUCGGUGCGCUGCACAGUUCAGUGAUGGAGGGCAGUGAUCUGAUGUCUCCGGCCAAGAAAACACUGGAACUGGCUGUGACUUCAGUGGUAGACGGAGAAUGUGACAAAGGAGUAACUGAAAACCGGAGCACAGAUGCUGUUGGAAAAUUGGAUGGAUUAAAUGACCUAGAAAUUCUAAAUGACAAUAUAGGACCUAAUCACCACUCAGGAGGUAUUCAAGGAGGAGAGCAAUAUCAUUAUGACUGCAGUGAGGUACUGGAUCAGGCUCAUGGUGGUGAAAUACACCACCAGGCUUUGCUGCAACAGCAUAAUGUUGAAAUGACAGGGAUGAAUGAGCCACAGGGAGAGGAAAGUCCUCAAGCAGAAAGUAGCCAGAAAGCAUCUGAUAUUUGUUUGAACGGUCAGUGUUGCUCAAUGACAAUUAACAGCAGUGUAUCAUCUGAACAAGUGGAUACCGGACGUUCAGAAGAAGACCACACACAGACAAACAUUACUCAGUGUGCAGACCAGUAUGUGGAAAUGACGACCUCCCUAAGUCAACCGAUGGAAGGCGUGGAUCAAAGGUCAGUGUCCAAAGACUUGUCUUGUUGUGAAGAUGAAACUAUAGUUCAGCUGGAAACUAGCUGUUCAAAACUGGAUGCUAUCCCAGAGGUCAGCCACGUUAAGCCAGAUGACACCCCAGUACUGGAUCCUCAAAAGAUCAUUGCCUCAGACUGCAACCAAAAUCCAGCUGUUCAGCAGUCCCAUAUGACUGAUAAGUAUGCAUCUACUAAACAACACACCCAAAGGCUUCUGUCACGCUCUGCAGAGGUCACUAAUGAGCUCUCACCAGAGGAACUCCAUGGCAACCAAGCCUCUGGUCAUUACUUCAAUGAAUCACCUGUCUCUGAGGUGGCAGAUGGUCAGAGGGAACACCACACUCCAAGAGUCACAGUCUCUGCAAUGGAGGAAACACAUGAGCCAGCGCACACAGUUAUUUACAGCGGCACACACCUGGGAACAAGUGAGCCCGGAGAGCUUAAAGAGGACAGCGUGGUCAAAGUGCGCAUGAGAAAGCAUGAACAUGCUCGACUGGACUCAAUGGUGUUGCUGCUGAUGAAGCUGGAUCAGUUGGACCAGGAGAUUGAGAAUGCCCUCAGUGCCACAUCCUCUAUGGACAGCACCCCCACCCUCCACCGGAGACAAUUCCUGGAGUUUGAUUUAGGAACUGUGCCAGCAGCAUCACAAACCCCUCCACACCCACAACAUGUUUUUGCUACCUCCACCUCAGAAGCUGUGCUGGCCCUUGGAGCAAAAUCUAAAAGUGUGAGCACCUCUACCCUUCCUGAGAAACAACAAGCUGAAAUUGAAGCCAAGGAGGCUUGUACCUGGCUUCGGGCAGCAGGGUUUCCACAGUACGCCCAGCUUUAUGAAGAUGCCCAGUUUCCCAUUGAUAUCUCCUCGGUCACCAGAGACCAUGACUUCCUUGAUCGGGACGCUAUUGAGGCUCUCUGCAGGAGACUGAACACCCUGAACAAGUGUGCUCUAAUGAGGCUGGAGAUAUCACCACAAAGAAAGCGAAGUGAGGACUCCGAUGAGGAUGAACCUUGUGCCAUCAGUGGCCGCUGGACCUUCCAGAGGGACAGCAAGCGCUGGUCCCGUAUGGAGGAGCUUGAGGUUUUCUCCACACUGCCCACAGAUGCUGCCCAGCCUCCGUUCACCAAAGGCCAAGUACCCCAGAAAGGCAAGCUUGCCCUACAUGAAGGCAACAGUUCAGAGAGUGUGCUGACUGACCUCAGUGAACAGCCUGAAGUGGGCUCCAUCCAUAGCAGCGCGAGUGGAGGAAGAGGAGAAGAGAAGAGCCGUGGUGCCACCCUGGUAAAUGAGGCUGUACCUGCUGGUGCCACUCGUGCCAGCUCUGUAGCGAGCAUGUGUUCUUCGUCAGGCACAGGUGGUUCAGGAUGCGCUAAUGAAGACUAUUUGUCAGACGGUUUGCCUCCAUCGCCCCUGGAGACACUCAGACAGUUCACAUUUGAUGUGAAAACAGGAAUGGGAGGACUAGGAGGAAGUCUUGACAGAGGAGGUGUCAGUGGAAAAAGCACACGCUCACGAGCUAAGAGCUUCCUGAAAAGGAUGGAGAGUCUACGGCUGCGCAGCAGCGCCUCCUCCAAAAGGAAGAAGAAGGGGAGCACCAGUGGAGGGAAAAUUGAAAUCAGUGGCCCUGUCAUCAAAGAGGGUCUAGAUGAUGAUAAGUUGAGGAAGCUCAACUGUGUGGACAUCUCCAGUAUCAACCAUAACCAGAACUUCAAUCUCCAGUGUAUUCCCACUCAGACUAUGACACUUAACCGGAAUCACUCUGUAUCCUACUCCACUCAGAUCAGCAAUGGCAGCACUGGAAGUACUGGGAGCAGCCAGUCAGAAGCUAGCAGUGGAAGCGCAGUGAGCACACCAAGCCCAGUAACCCGCGCUCGCAGCCACAGCACAGCAGCAGGCUCUAGUAAGAGAGGAGGAAUGUAUUUGGAGGGUUUUGAUCCUUUCAGCCUUCUCCAACAAGCUUCAGACUGUCAACCAACACCCCCACCCAAAUCUGCCCCACCCAUCCCCUGCCAAGCUAGUAAUGGGAUGACAUUUGAUCACCAGAACCAUAGGAACAACUGCAGUGUUCGAAACAAUAGCAGACAAUUAGAGGAAGAAGAGGAGGAGGAAGAAGAAGGCAUGAUCUUUUUUUACUUACCAGAAGGUCACAAGCCUGGAACUUUCCCCACAGCCCUACAAGAUGGGAGCUCACGCAAUAAUAAUGGGAAUGAUGAUGGAAACUCGGUGAUCCUCAGGGGACGGCAAAGUAGAUGCCAGCGUCGUAGCUCUUCAGGCUCCUUUGACAGCCGGCUCAGUUUUUAUGACAAUGUCCCCUACACUGGAAGAGAGGAGGAGGAAGAGGGGGAUGAACACAAACUGGAGGAGGUGCUACAACAUGUUAGCGGCCUGCAGCGUUUUGUUAACGCCUGGUCAGAGGCUGUGGGUGGUGAAGAGGAGGAAGAUGAGGAAGAUGAAGAUGAAGAAGGUGACUCAGAUUCGGCACUGGAUUCGGCAUCGCCGUGCCCAUCCUCUCCACUGCAGAACCGACUGGAGGAGACUGAAAAUGGAAGCGACCAAGACAGCACAGGAAACCCGCUGGGUGAAGGAGAAGAAGGGAUGAGAGAGAGAAGAGAUUCUGGUGUUGGAGCAUCUUUAACCCGAACCAGCAGGCCACAGAAACUCCGUUGGCCAAGCUUCCAGAAUUCCCAUCGGCCCAGCCUGGCCACUGCACAGCUUCAGAUUAGCUGCCAGUCUGUGCUGCAGAUGAAUCUGCUCCAGAAGCUCUCACUUCUGCAGCUCACUGCUCUGCUGGAGAAACACACCCCUACAAACAAACAUGGCUUCAGCUGGGCGGUACCAAAGUUUAUGAAACGGAUCAAGGUGCGUGACUACAAGGACAGGAAUGUGUUUGGUGUACCACUUCAAGUCAUCGUCCAACGGACAGGCCAGCCACUCCCUCAGGGAAUCCAGCAGGCCAUGCGCUAUUUGCGCAAUCAGUGCCUCGACCAGGUGGGUCUUUUCAGAAAAUCAGGCGUCAAAUCUCGAAUCCAAGCUCUUCGCCAGAUGAAUGAGGCGAGUGGUGCAGACGGGGGAGGUAUCAACUACGAGGGUCAGUCGGCCUAUGACGUUGCAGACAUGGUGAAGCAGUACUUCAGAGAUUUGCCAGAACCCCUGCUCACAAGCAAACUAUCUGAGACCUUCCUCCAGAUCUACCAGUACAUGCCCAAAGAGCUCCGUCUGCAGGCAGCUCGUGCCGCCGUGCUGCUGCUGCCUGAUGAGAACCGAGAGGCCCUGCAGACGCUGCUGUGUUUGCUAAGUGAUGUGACGGCCAGUGUGGCUGAGAACCAGAUGACUCCCACCAACCUGGCUGUUUGUCUGGCUCCAUCCCUUUUCCACCUCAACACCCUGCGCCGCAAGGAGAGCUCCUCGCCGAGGUGUGUGGUGAUGAACAGGAAGCAGACACUGGGGAAGCCGGACCAGAGGGAUCUGAAUGAGAACCUGGCUGCCACUCAUGGCCUGGCACACAUGAUCCAGGAGUGCAGGAAACUCUUCCGGAUUCCAGAGGAAAUGAAUCGCUGCAGGAACUCCUAUGUGGAGCAGGCGCUGCUACCACAACGCCUGGAGGAGCUUGCCGGUGAGGAAGCUGGACAUGGAGGCUACAGGGUAUAUCUGCGGGAGAGCCUGGAUGCCCUCCUCAAAGAGGCCAAGGACAGGUUUAAAGGUUAUGACAGCUGCUCCACGCCCGAUCACGCUGAGCUGGCCUAUAGAAAGGUGCAUGAUGGGUUUCCACUGCGGCUGUGGAAGGCCACUGUGGAGGUGCCUGCGAGUCCUGAGGAGGUUUUGACACGGGUGUUACGGGAGCAGGGCCAGUGGGAUGAGGACCUGCUUGAGAGCCGAGUGGUGGAGACCCUGGAUGAGAGGACGGAGAUCUACCAGUACAUCAGGAACACCAUGGCCCCACAUCCCACCAGAGACCAGCUGGUACUCAGAACAUGGGCAACAGACCUGCCAAAGGGAGCAUGUGCACUUGUGUGUACAUCUGUGGACCAUGACGGGGCACCUGUUGUAGGUGUUCGGGCCAAUGUCCUCACCUCACGCUACUUCAUCGAGCCCUGCGGAACCAACAAAUCUCGACUCACACAUAUUUCCAGGGUCGAUUGCAGGGGUCGUUUUCCAGAGUGGUACAAUAAACUGUAUGGACACUUGUGUGCUGCUGAGGUGGCACGGAUACAUGACUCAUUCACUGUGCCCAUGGACAAAUGAGAAAGCAGUGUGCAGUUUGGGCAACAAAAUUCUCAACAGAUUUUUUUUUAACCUCCGAUUGUGGGACCACAAUUUGGAUCCUCCUAGUGACUCAAGAGUCAUUCCACCCAUUCCCACAGAGAGGUAGAUGGACUCAGAGUCUUUUUAUACACGUUUAAAGGACAAACUCUGGAUCCUGGAUUGAAGGACUUUGUCUUUGCUCUGAUUAUGUGCCAGCAGACUGAUGUUCACAUUGUGAAAUGCUUUUAUUGGAGCUCUGUGUGCUGCAAAGAGGACUCAUGUCACACAAGCAUUUAUCUGGGCCAAAGGACAUGAUGUCACUGAUAUAGGAUGUGAGGCUGAGCUUUAUCCAAAGGGUGCUAUUGCUUCUGGGAAGCAAAGGGAACUGGGUGUAUGUGGGAGCAUGUGUGUGUAGGUAUGUGUGUGCAAAGCAGCAAACCAUUAAAAAUUCUUCACACUGGUUUCCAGUUGCAGCAUUAUCUGUACAUACAUAGUCUGUUCAUAGCAAUGGUAGGUGUCUGUCUUGUGUUACCUCUGUCCCUUUUUGUGGUAAAGCAAAGCACGGGAGGAUAGCAGACAACCAUGUGCUCAGCUGACUGAUGAAUCCAAGGGUGAAGAAAGAUGUGAAUGUGCAGGUAAUAUGCAGACUGAGUGGAGACGGGAUAUUGUGAGACAACAGGUGGCUGAUGACGAAGAGAGUUUUAGUGCUGCAGCAGAAGAAGACAGAGACAGAUGAGUAUGGUGGCUGGCUCACCAGGGUGAAACUUUAAAGUUUGAAUAAUAGCUUUAAAGAAGAGUAGGAGUCCACAGGGAGCUGUGUGAGAGUGAGAUUUUGUGUUAGAGAAAAGAAAUGUUGCAUAUUUUGCUAAAUAAAUCAGACAAAUGAUUUUAGCGGACCAAAUUUAGAAAAAGCUGAAAGAUGUUGAGCCUUUCUUCACUGUUAAAGGCAUUAAGAGCACAGCACAAUUCAGUUUCUGAAGUUGUUUUAGGUGGAUCAUUACUUGUAUACAUUAAAAAAAUAUUGACUUCACAGUUGCUAAGAUGUACAUAAGAACAAAAAAACCAUGCACCAUUCCAUUAUAAGUCCUAUAAGAAAAGAUGAGAAUAAACAGGAAAAAAGGUCCUUUUAUAAAGGUGGAGAUUUUACAGGUUUUACUGUAAAAAAGAGGGCAGACUGAAUGUUGUUGUUGAUGUGUGGUUUCAAAAGAAGGAUAAAUAUGUUUGUGUAAGCUUCUAUCUUCUCAGUGUUUAAAGAUCAAUUUAGGGUCCUCAUAACAAAGCUGACCCUCCCUCAUAACACUCCGCUUCAGUCUGAGGGCUUGCAUAUUUCAUGUUGAGUUGUAUGAUUAAUUCACUAAGCAGUGGUUCACAUCAUAUAUAUUUGUACCUUUAACUGUGUCUCUGCCAAAUAGUAACGCAUGUCAAUGGCAGUUAAUUUAAAUAUAUUUAUACCUCAGAUAUGUUUGUUUUGUAUCAUUUUAUUUUAUUGUAAAUGUUAAGUUCUGUUACAGAAAUGAACAAAUGUUUUAUCUUUUUUAUUAAUAUUAUUUCUGUACAGGUUAAUCAAAGUGCACUAUUAAAUGUAUUAAAAUAAUAAUAAU